AUUUUAAAGUCGAACCUGUGGGGACCCCGGUUGGUUGAAAAAUAGUUUCUUUCAGGCGUGGCUACCCAGCAUUACUGUUCCAGAACCUUCGAUCAACUCAAGAAAUGAAGGCGAUUGUCUUAGUUGGCAAAAGGAUUUCGAAAGAUUCAGUGUUGACACAUCGUGCGAGUGGUCCCGCUUUUCUUAAACUUUCAUCUAUAUUUUAAAGGAAAAAGUCUAUUGAAGUCAGGAGGUGUUUGCUCGCAACAAAUCGCUGGCGUAUAUGGGGCAGGAUUAUUAUUCCGUUCUCGGGGUUCCACGAAAUGCCUCGGCCGAGGAUAUCAAAAAGGCUUACAAAAGACAGGCCUUGCUUUUUCAUCCAGACAAAAACAAAAACCAAGGAGCAGAGGAACAGUUUAAGAAAAUAUCUGAGGCGUACUCAGUCUUAACAGACGCCAACAAACGCCGAAUAUUUGACACGUACGGCGAGGAAGGAUUGAAGAACGAAUGUGGUGGAUUUAGUUUCGGUGUCUUCCCCGACCCCGUGAGCAUUUUCCGCGACGUAUUUGGUGAUGAUCCCGAUUGCCCCUUCCAAGGUUUGUUUUUAAUUUUGUUGGUUUACAUACAACUUUUUCGUUUAGUGUCAAAAAUCGUUCAAAGGUACCAGUUUUCGAGCCAUAAAGUUUUGGGGUUUCAUCGAGCGAGGGUACAGAUGUCGAGUAGUAACUAACGCUAAAUUGAGAAGAUGGGCCUUGUAUUUUACAACUUGAUACAUUGUACCGAAGCUUAACGAGAGUUUGCGAGUUACGAGUCAGAAAAGGUCGCAUGGGCUGUGUGAUUAGUGAGAAUGACUGGAUUUACUCUCAUUUAAAGACGAAAGGCCUCGUCAUGGCAAUUUUAAGACAACAUGAAGUGUGCCUUUUUUCUCGAAAUUUCUAUUUUUAAUCCCGUUUAUAUUGCACGAAGGCGACCCAGUAGGAAUUCGAUUUCGGUCCUGCACCCUCUUUAUCAGCAUUUUUUCUGCCUAUUCUGUCAAUUUGCUUUAUACGUGAUGAAAUUUUCAGGGUGAAAACAUAAAAAAUAGUUUUAAUUUGGAUAACCGUUCUCACACGGAAGGUUAUGUUUCCUGAAUGCGCGUUACUUCGCGUUUUGCUUGAGUGGGCUUUGUUGUAAUAAUACGUUUCAGUUAGUCACUCCUGACGCAGUUCGCGGGUCGCCCUUUCUUCUUUCCUUGUCAAAGUAGAUGACGAACGUCCUGUUAUAAUAUGACAAAAGAAAUUAUUGUAUAAAGUCGCUGGAGUGGAAAGACAGCCUGCGGUCAUUUUUAAUUUCAGAUCUCAACUGCUCCAGCUCUAAAAAAAAUGCUCGCUUUAAAUUAUGGUUUACCAGCAAAAUUGAGUUAUCAAAUGGUCUUUCUCAUCUGUUAUGUCUUCUGCCAUGAAUUUUUCUUCCUGAACUAGUGUCAUGUUUAGCGUUUUUCAUGCUUAUCAAUUAUGUCUAGAAUCUUCCAUAGAUCGGCAAAUGAUAUUUUAAAUAUUUCGUUUUAUUUGUCGUGUCAAAACAAAUUUCUUCAAAUUUUGUACAUCAAGCACCGUACCGAUUUUCGUUCGAAAGAUUUUACUUUGAAAAGAUCAUUUUCUUACUUCAAUUGUCCGACCCAUCCUCACAAGCAUCUAUCUUGAGAUCAAAUCUUAAACUGCGUGCACGAGCGAAUCGUUUUGAGUUUCGUCGUCAUAGAGAGAACUUAUUUACAGUGAAGUGAUUACCAAUCUUAAUGUCAGCUAAUUCAAAUUGUGAAUAUUUCUGUCGCCAAGUUUCGGAAAGUUAUAAUUUAAUUCCUGUUUAAAUGAAAAAAGUGAAAAUAGGCUGAAUAUGUAAUUAUUAGUUCUAUUUAAAAGUUUUAUUGUCUACGUGUUUCACUUUCUAGUUCUAGAAUAUUCUUUUAACUUAGGUCAGAGCACGUUUAGCUUUAGAGAGACAAUUUGCAAAAUCGUUUCCUCAUUGUAUUGAGUUUAAUUAUUUUGCAAAUCAAAUUCCACUCUUCUAAAUUUUUACAAACAGAGGUACGUACCAAUAUAUUUUUAAAAGGACUCUGCACACGACUAUCUGAUAGUAGGAGUGUGUGGUUUGGUAGAUUAAUUUUGGGAGACAUAUGAAAGAUCUCUCCUGGAGAUGGUGGUGCAUUUUUAGUCACAUGUCCCCUGUUAAGAAGAGUUAAGCUAAAUUAAACCUAGAGUGUGCCUUUUAUUGAUGAUGUGUGAAUUUUAGGAAUGUAUUACACCUAGUAGUAAAAUUGUUGGCAACUGGUCAACUUGUACUCUCUGCAAGAAUAUAACAAUAUUGGAUAACUAAUUCGAUAAAAAUAUAAUGCUUGUGUUGAUUUUAAUUUUUUUGUUUGACAGAUAUCUUUGAUGGUUUCAAUUCCUCUUUUCCACGAAUGUUUUCAACAUCUUCAUCGUCCUCUUUUUCUGGUGGCUUUAAAACCUUCUGUAAUGAUGGAUUUGAUUUCCCAGGUCCAGAUCCCUUCCAGAAACACGGAGUACAAGAUCCUCCAAUUGAGACACCAAUCCAAGUGAGCUUGGAAGAACUUGCAACAGGAUGUACGCGAAAACUUAAAAUAUGUCGUCAGGUGUUAUCGCACAGUGGAGGAACAUCGCGAGAAGAAAAAAUUCUUUCAAUAGACAUUAAACCAGGUUGGAAAGCUGGAACAAAAAUAACUUUUGCUCAACAUGGAGACCAGAAACCAGGAAUAAUUCCUGCAGACAUUAUAUUCGUUAUUGCAGACAAACCACACCAGUAUUUUAAGAGAGAUGCUGAUAACAAUCUUCUGUAUACAACAAAAGUUAGUCUACGUGAUGCCCUUGUUGGAUGUCAACUACAGAUUCCAACUAUUGAUGGAAGAGUAUUAAGAAUACAAUUAAAUGAAGUGAUUCAACCAGGAACACAGAAGAGAAUUCCAGGAGAAGGUCUGCCCCUCCCAAAAUCACCUGGACAAAGGGGAGAUAUGAUAGUGACUUUCAAUGUUGAAUUUCCAACAAACUUGUCUAUGCAGGAGAGACAUGAACUAGCUAGUAUGGUACCAUGAAACAAUUUUAUUGGAAAGAGGAAUAAGAAAAUUUCCGUGACCGUCAGUUGAUUGAAGACACAAGUGUCACCUUGGUAGAGGCUGUGUGGCCUAUAAAAGUGCAGGUUGCCUUCUUAGCACUUGGUAACUAAGAGUUUGUCUGAGAUGACACCCUUAGUGUUUGACUUUAUGGAUGUCAGUGCCGUGAAGGAAGCUAUUACAGUUAAGAAAAGAAUUUUUGGUGUACAGAAAUAUUAUCCAGAUUUGUCAUAUAUUUUCGAAAAGAAACUAUUUUGGUGGUACAAUGCUUAAUUAGCAUGGCCCUAUUUGCUUAUAUCAUGAAACAAAAUCUUUUUUUUCUCAUUUUAACAUUUUUCCUUUUCUUUUUAAUAAUAACUUGAGUGCAUUUCUUUGGUAGUGAAUUCUUUUAUCAAAUUAAUAAUGCAUGUAUAGAAUUUCUUUUAACUUCAUAAACCACCCAUAUCACUCAAAACACUUGUAAUGAAUGUGUUUUAAACACACAAAGAUUAAACUAAAUUGUUAGUGAGUGGAUUUUGAUAAUAAAUUGUUUCCAAAUAAUGAAGGUUUGAUCAAGCUAAGUAAUUGAAUACAUUGGUGUUUUUGACAAACAGCUAAAGCCUUUGUAAAUGCCUUUUAUUUUUGUGAAGGACUAAUUUUCGUCAGUUCUUGAAGGGUUGUGGAUAUUAUGUGCCCUAGAGUAAGGAAAGCACGCAACAGCCACCUUCAUCAGAAAGCUUUUCUCCAACAGCCAGGUAGAUAUGCCGUGACCCAAAAUGUAGUAGUGAAAGUAAGUUUAAAAAAGACAGAUGAUAUUUUCCUAGUGGCAAAGUAAUCAUGGCGUUAAAAUGCUUCUUUUGUAAUAAUUCAAUCAAAAUACUUUUAAUCAGCUUUUUAUGAAAUUUGAUGAAGGUGCUUUACAUGGAAAUUGUGAGUGUUUAGUAUUGUCUGGAGUGCUAAGAAAUGAUUAUUAUUUAUGUUGCUUGUUCGUCACCAUGUUGAGUCUUGAAGAAUUUGUUCUUGGUAAAAAUAAAAGGUAUUAAGCUUUUGCAAGUUCACAGGGCAAUUUAGCAAGCUGUAAUGCAGACUGCCAUGAUCUAAUGAGGCAGUUUAUCACUGUAUAGAAAUAAUAUAUUCAUGUAUUUAUCAUGUCAGCUUACUGUCAAUAUAGGAGAAAAUUUCAAAUAUGAGAAGUGGACUGUGUAUAUAUAUAUUAUUCCAGUGUUGAUAAACUGAAAAGAAUUUGCUGGUAAUUCCCAAUAGUGUUUUAAACACAUAGUAAUAUUGUAGAAAGAGUGUGAUUUGGUUUUUUCAUUUUUUUCAUUUUUUUUCUUUACUCCUUCCCUGAAAGAUCCUUUCUUAUUAAGUUCUAAGAGGUACUAUAGUCUCUUUUCUCUCCCUCUUAGUUGUUGUAGUAUCCUCUUGGAAGCAUGUGUUUGAUCUUGCACUUGCACAAAGAAAAUAUGGAAUAGAUUGUUUUGUAAAAUGAGGCAAUAAAUUGUUUAUUUUGUUCUGAGGAAAUUUUAGAUAUUUACUGCUCAUCUAGUAGUCAGCCAUAAAAAGACCAGCUCUCCAGCCGCUGAAUUUUAAAGGGAUUUGAGGGGAUAGGGGCAUUAACAGUCUUUAAUGGAUGGGAAUUUUAUCAUCAGUACUGACUUGCCAUGUGAGGGUCUAAGACAGCCUGGCAAGCUUUGCUAGCUUUUUCAGGAAUUAAUAGAUCCUGACCAGACUGAUCAUUAUCAGUGACACAAGUCUACAGGAGGAGCAGGUAAUUGGCUUUAAGGAGUGUGGGAUGUUAAACUCAGGAGGUGGCAUGGGAGGGGUACUUGAAGCACAGCACCAUGUAGGGUACAUAUACCCAGGGUGUAAUCUAGUAUUAACCCACAGCAUUUAUCAAUGUGGAAGUUUUUAUCUAUGUGGAAGUCUGCUGUAAAUACAAACACCGAUGCUAAAAAGUUACAUUUGUAACAGUGAUGGCUAUUGUGCAGCCCACCAAACACACCCUCUUGAGUUGGGAAGGGGAGAGGGGUUAACUUGGUUAUUUUUAGCUCACACUAACGUCAAUCAUUACAACAUGGUAUUAAAAAAUCUUGAAUAUGACAUAUUCAAGAUUUUUACAUAUAUUACAUUGUAAUAUUUAUACUACCGUCAAACUCAAUAUAAUCAACCUCUACGUACGUAAUGAAGUCCUUAGGUGUAAUGAAUGGUUUUACCCCAGCAAUAGGAAAAUGUAUGCAAAAGAACCUCAUUAUAACGAAACCUCUUUAAAGCAAACAAAUGUUGGCAGUCCCUUGGCCCUUCGUUAUAUCGAAGGUUCCUCUGCAGUGAAUUAGUUUAUGCUGGUUGUGUCACUGCAACGGAGGCAGAGUCAUCAAAGCUAUGUUCACACCCCCCAUACUGGAUAGCUAUUUUCAAAGGCAACACGAAAAGUUAUCGAGGAUAGUAUGAACAUAUCCUAAGCUUCAUAAUGAUGCUUAGCAAAAUUAAAGAGUCUCAGUUUUCAUUUUUUCACUAGAUCAGAGCAGUGGAGUCAUAAACUGGAAAAAGGAAGAAAAUUGAAAUAGUCUGUGACUCUGUUUCUGUCGAAUGCUGGCAAGUGUGUCUGACUUGACUCCACCUAGCUCUGACUAUAUCAAUACUGAAACAACUUUUGCAAAAUAUCACUGGACAGUGAUAAAUACAGGGGAGGGGCCUGGGGCCCAACCUCAUUGUUAUACCAAAUUGAAGACCUUAGUGCGCAGAAAAAUUAUUUCAGAGGCUGGGCUCUCUCUUAUCUAGGGUCUAGAUGAGUGGCCCCCUGACCCUAACAUCCACUUUACUUGAAGAUCCGAAUCUCCCACUGCCAGGAAGUAAAUUUAAUUACUCAAGAACAGAAUAGAUUUAAGAAGACAGUAAAAUACAGUAGACUCUCUCUAAGGCAAACUCCUUUGGGACCACCUGUUUGUGUGUAUUAGGGCAGAUGUCCAUCUCGCAGAGAGUCAACUAAAUGGAGUAAAGAAAGGCAGGGACAAACUGUAGGUGUAUGCUUAGAGAAGGUAGCCUGCGUAGCAAGCGUUUCCAAUCGUGUUAUUGCGCGAAAGUUAGAGCGGAAGCAAAAAAAAGGUUUUUUUGCUCUUGUCCCAGCUUUCUAGACGAACCUCGCGAGGAAACGCUUGCAACGCAGGCUAUAGAGAAGGUUGACUGUAUGUUGUUUUUGGUACAAGUUGUUAACGUGGCAGUUAGUUAUUGGAUCAUUAAAUUACUUCCUCUAAGUAGCCUGUAUCGCAGACAUUAACUCUAACCCUAAUUUCUGCAAAGCAGCACCUGUAUCUCUAUAUCCUUUGUCUGGUCCCAUGAAGCUUGAUGUUUAAAACAGGCCUUUUAAAAAUAUAGCUGGAGUAAAGGAUACAAUAACUUUGAGGUAGAAGCCAGUACCCCCAGUACACCAUUCCCAGAGUCUCUCAUCUUUUGAAAGACCCUGGGAAUGAGACUACGGCUAGCAAUGUACUUGGUGCCCCCUUUCCCUGACAUGCAGGACGUGCUUACAUUUCAAUUCAAUGCUGGCAUUCCUUCUGAGAUAUAUCCACGUUGUAGCAUUUUUCAAUUCUGCCUUAAUGAUAAAGCAGGCCCUCUUGUUUUAGAUUGGUUCCUCAGAAAUAAAUUAUUGCAUGUAUACAAACUUAAUGAAUUUUUCCUGGAGAGGUUUGCAUUAAACUAACUAUAUGCUGUUUCUGUGAUUAGAUGAAAAUUGUGUAAAAUUCACCCUUCAAUAAUUUCCUCACUUAAGUUCAAUUCAACAAAAGGUUAACUGACAAGUGUGGAUUGCUACACUUCCAAAUUCCUUCUUCCUUUUAGGCUCAAUCACCAGCUGCCAUCUGGAUCAAACAACAGACCUGGGAGACAGUGGAGAUCGAGCCUAAUCUUCCCUUCAGUUUGGAAGAGAAAAAGCAAGAAGAAGAAGCACCCCAUUCCUUGGAGAGGGCUGGGGAUGCAUGCUCCCCUUUAACAGUUUAUAACCGGGGAGGGGGGGUUCUUCCUUAUAAGAGGCUAAUGGGAUGUGCCGCUGGAUGGGGUCGCAUUUUCACUACUAGAUUGACUAUAUAAUGGGGUCCCAUCUUCAAUAGAUCAGAGUUUCUAGAAUGGGGUUGCACAUUUUCUGAUUUUUGGGGUAAGACAGUUCUUCAUAUUUAUGAUUAGCAAACAUACCAGAAUGUUUGUACUGCAGAUGAAAAGUAAAAUGUUCUUCAUUCAAUCUAAAAAAUGGGUCAGUUCAUAAAAAUAGAAAGUGACUACCGUAACGAAAAUUACAUAUUUGCCCAAAAGUGAUGGGGACCCAAGAUGGGGUCUAUAAUUGGCCACAAAAUAGACUAUAAUGGGGUAGGGGCUCUGGGAGGCCAGCGGCACAUACCCAGCAAAAAUUAACCCAAGUAACCCCCAUUUGAUUUUAAUCAAUCACACUGCUAUAAGCAGGGGCAGAUCCAAGACCUUCAGAUAGAGGGGGAGCCUGGUCAUCC